UCGGUCAGAUGCUGUCAGUUAACUGGCGAAGGGCAUUAGUGAUACGUAAAUGUUGAAAGUACACACGGUUCAUUCAUCACAACAGAUCCAGUUUGCGUUCACCUGAAACAGUAAACCAGCAGCUCCUCGCGACCACCCGGCCUUCAUAGUAACACUUUCAAACAGCCAGGAUCACCCCGAGAGGAGAAACAUUUGUUGAAGAGAUUUCAUCGGACAGAGCCCCCACUUAUUAGUUGAAGAGAUUUCAUCGGACAGAGCCCCCACUUAUUCUGUGUUCAGUGCCUCUUACAGUCUCGAUCAUCUUCUACGGAUGUGGCAGAUUCCUCAGCAGGAAGGAUGACAUCAGAGGCUGUGGUCUCCACAUCUCCUGCUAUAAGCAGCGGGCCCCCUGCCGAGAGGGACUACCACUUUGUUCGCUCCUUUGUAGCUGGAGGUGUUGCAGGAUGCUGUGCCAAGAGUACCAUAGCUCCUCUGGACAGAAUCAAGAUUCUCCUUCAAGCCCAGAACCCCCAUUACAAACAUCUCGGAGUGUUUGCAACUCUGAAAGCCGUGCCAAAGAAAGAAGGCUUCCUUGGCUUGUACAAGGGUAAUGGGGCAAUGAUGGUCCGCAUAUUUCCCUAUGGAGCCAUCCAGUUCAUGGCCUUUGAAAAAUAUAAUAAGCUGCUAGGUAAACAGUUCGGGAUCUCUGAACACAUCCACCGCCUAAUAGCAGGAUCUAUGGCAGGGUUGACUGCGGUGAUAUUCACCUACCCUCUGGACGUCAUCAGAGCCAGACUGGCCUUCCAGGUGACCGGAGAGCAUCGAUACACUGGAAUUGCAAAUGCCUUCCAAACCAUCUACCUUGAGGAAGGGGGCGUCUCGGGCUUCUACAGGGGACUUAUUCCAACACUUAUUGGAAUGGCUCCGUAUGCAGGUGUCUCGUUUUUCACCUUCGGCACCCUGAAGAGCCUCGGCUUGAAACAUUUCCCAGAGAGGCUGGGACAGCCCUCCUCAGACAACCCUGAUGUCCAGGUUCUGAAAGUGCACGUUAACCUGCUGUGUGGAGGGGUUGCCGGUGCCAUCGCUCAGACAAUCUCGUACCCUUUGGAUGUGGCUAGGAGAAGAAUGCAGCUAGGAACCGUGCUUCCUGACUCUGAGAAAUGCUCAUCUCUGAGAAAGACGCUGAAGUAUGUGUACACAGAGUUUGGCAUCAAGAAGGGAUUGUACCGAGGUCUUUCUCUCAACUACAUCCGCUGCAUCCCCUCCCAGGCCGUGGCCUUCACCACCUAUGAGUUCAUGAAGCAGAUCCUCCACCUGAACUAGGUGCUGGUUUUAUCCAUCCUGAGUCUGUACGCUCCGAGACCUUACAGAUCGACCUCGAUGCUUCCAACAGAAAGGGAUCUGAAACUAACUCGCCACGUCUUAAAUCGCCUUUUCCUCGAGUUCACUGAAGGCACCAUGAGAGUCAGUUCACACAGUUUUGUGAGUCGCCCACUUCUUAAGAGAAGUUUUACUCAAACAUACAACAUGUGGUUUGAAUUUCUCUCUCUCAUCAGUGUCUCCAUGGAUACAGCAGGUUAGCAGCUCGGGCGAUGAUGUGCUCUUUAACUUUAACAAAAGAACCCUCUGAUUGUGGAGAAGCCGCUCACACAGAUGUCCUCUGGCUUGAUUUUAAGAUGGACAUUAGCCUACAAUGAUCAGAUGAUCAGUUUCUUUCUAACUCGUUUCCUUUUUACUGACCUGGUAAUGAGAUUGUUGGCUAUUCUGGAAAUGUGGUUUGAGUUUGAGAAUAUUCUCAUGAUUUUCAGUGUUGGUUUAUUCAAAGUUGUGCGUGUCUUUAAAUGUAUAGGGCAGCUUUGGGGUGCAGUAACUCUAGGAGAAGUUGUUGUUUCCUCUACACAAAUCUAAAAUCAAUAUAAUCAAUGCAGUGACAAAGCUGGCACUUUAUUUCAGUUUAAACUUAACAUUUUAUUGCCGAACCUUGAAUAGAGCAGGUAAUGUCUGUACUCUUAUCUUUGCUUUGCUUUUUAUGUUGGUUAAUGUCGAUCAAAUUUUUUAUUUUGUAGCUCCGAUGAUAUUGAAUUACUCUGCUGCAAUCAGAAAGAUAUUCAGAGUUUAAGAAGUCAGCAUUUAACAUGAUAUGGAUGUAAGAGGGACGUGAUGGGACCUCAUGACUGUAGCUUUUGCGUCAUUUAUUUAUUGAUUCACAUAGAGGUUGCCACUGGGUGGCAGCAUUGCAUAUACAUGUAAUUGUUUACCAUCACAGCUAGACAAAACAUUCAUAUAUAUUUCAUAAAUUCAUUAAAAAAAAUACAAGUCAGGGUAGAUUUUUUUUUUUGUUAAUGAAAGCUAGCUGUCAGAUAAUAAGUGAAAUAUAUGCACUGUUUUUAACCAAAAUGUUGAACUACGAGCUACUGUCACAAAGACUGAACAUUUAAUAACGAUGAAAUAGUCGUUUCCUAACUUUCAACCUUAAAGUCACCACCUAUGUUUACAUGCGUCUCUUCAGUCAGACUCGCUUUUUCAGCCUCUUGCCUUUCUCUGCAUUUAAUAUCUUACUGUUUCAUGUGUUUUCUAUGAGUUUUAGACCUAGUAUAUGAAUGCGGGAAAAUUGAGCCAAUGGUGUGUAACCUUUAUGGCUUGGGACUUUUUAAAAAAAUGAAACAUCACAGUUUGCAUAUAUCCCCUAUACACUUUUCAGUAAAUGUCAUUUGAAUAAUUGCGAGAGGGCUGAAGAGUUAAAACUACCAAAUAUCUAACAAACCAUACAAAAAUAAGACUUUUAUCCAAUCUCAAAUGUGCUCAGAGACGAUCAACCUUUUUCGAACUGCCCAACUAAAAACGUCAAAAAUAUUUCGUAUCACUUUACAGCUCCAAUAACAAGUUGAUUCAUCAUACUGUAGCGUCUGUCGAUUAUAGUAAGAAAUAGAGUAGGAGAGCAACCUGAUUUGGCUUAAGAGUACAAUCACACCAAUGAGAAGUUCAAGCCACCAUUUCCGAAACAAAAUGUAGUAUUCAGUAACACUUCUGCUUAUUAAAAUGCCACUCAUCUUCA